AUGUCAGGGGAGCCGGACUUGACACAGCGAGUUCCCAGCUUUGGAGAACUCGAUGUAUCUUUAAAACAAUAUUGGAUUCAGAAUGGGAAACCCCCCUUCCUGGUGGAUGAUGGUACCUCAGAGAAUGUCAACGCUAAUCAGAACAUGCGGAAUAUGUACACUAACACCAUUGGUGAUCUUCCGCUCCCACCUGCAAACCCAUACCCGAUUUACCCACUACAAGGCCACUCAACCACGUCGGACCCAAGCUUCAACAUAUUCCAUAAACAUGGAUUUACCUCACAGGGCGUUUUUGGCAAUCCGAAUGAGUCUAUGCUUGUGAGAACUCGCUACGAAGCCGCCGUUGGAAAUGAACCUCAUAAUGCGAGUCCCAUAACAUUUUCAAACACAAACAUAACCUCUCGCUCACCUCCUGAGAUAAUAUCUCCUCGACAAGCCGCCGAACAACAAGCUGCUUCAACACCGACUCUGGUAAUUUACCCUCGCCGCAGAACCACAAGAGAGAUCGUCGUCAGCUUCUCGGAUGUUGCCGCCCACACAGCGAAAUGUGACGAAGGGAAUGAAAGGAACAGGGACGGUAUGUCACGUUGCAACCUCUGCGGCUGGCAGAUUUGCCGCGCGUGCAUCAACCGACGCGCUGGCGACAGGAGCCACUCUUCUUUUGGGAGUGAUCAUAUCGAGGAUCGUGCUCGAAGACGACAGAUAGGCCCCAUUCCUCACCAGGAAAUCUUACGGACCGAGAACAGACCUGAAGGUCAAACAAGCGCCAGCGCUCGCGCAAGCGAAACACCUCUGUCUACAUCUAGAGCUGGAUCGGGAAGUCAAAUGAGCGAAGAAGCGAGUGCCGCUCAAACUCUCGUCACUCUUGGCUCUUCUGGCCGUGUUGAUGAAUCGAUAUCCGGGGCAUCCGAUUGCGAACCAGCUGAACUACAAGUUGAGCAAGCUGGAUUGAAUGUUCAGCCAAAGGAUCGACCUUUGUGUGGACGUAAACGUGCUCGCGACAGGACUGAUGUCAUUGGAAGUGAGUCGGAGAAUACCUUAUCUCCGGCUACUGAAAGCUAUUGGGGAGAUUCAAAUUCAGCUACUGGAACUGCUGAUGAGCCAGAGAUUGUCAUCAGAGAAGAUGGAAAGUACCAGCUUGCUCGGAGGAACCCGAAGCGCCGUGCGCGUCCUUCCGCGCGAAUGGCGGACUGA